UUUCGUUUAACUGAUGUUCCGCAUUUAGUGAACAUCAUUUUAUUCGCUUUUGUUUUAUUAUAUUAUUUAUUUAAGAAAUAUAUUUUUGAAAUAUAUUUAAGAAAUAUAUUUUUGAAAAAAUGAGUUUCAAUUCCUUGGAAUUCUGUGACGUGUACGAAAUUGCUGCGGAUUUCGUCACAAAUCUGAUAUCUUCAGCCGUAGAUAAAUUGUCGAGAGAUAGACCAGGAUAUUUUAUCUACAAGUGUCCAGAGUUAGAAUUAGAUACCUCAUCUUCAUACACAUCGGGAUCAAGCAGGGAGGAAGCAGAUCCUGUUGGAUCAUUACAUUGGGUUACUAUACAACGCUUUUCUUAUCUAAAAUCAGUUCAUAAUAUACAUGCAUUUGUAAAUUCAUGGGUUUUAACACCUGGCACGAAAUUUGCAGUGAUAACGCACGCAGGAUUUAAGGACGUUGAAGGUUUGGGCACUACGUUUUUUGUGGAUGUAAUAUUUUCGAAGCCAACACAGGCUUGUCCGAACCCCUUGGCUACGGUAACUGUUUCAUUUCAAAUACAUUUAUCGAUGUUAGUACCGCUUUACUAUCCUGCAAUGGUUACAUACACUUUUGAGAAUUUUGGUACAAUUUUUUAUGCGUUUGGCAAGAAGAGCUUUGAUGGCAACUUUCAAAAAUACUUCAUCGAUAAUAUUUUAGAUUUCAAACUGAAAUUUUUUGAAGAUUCCAUUAAAUGGAGUCAUGAAGUUAAAGAAAAAGAACGAAUAAGAAAAGAAGAGAGUUGUGAUGAUGAUAUGGAGGAAGAUAAUUUAUUUGGAAGAUUAACACUGCGAGAUGGUAGGAAAACGUUGAGAUUUUCGGAACGUGAGGAGUCCGUUUUUAAUAUUUUAUCACAAAAAGAUUCUAGUGAUGAUAGUGAAAAUAUGAAAUGUCACAGACCUCCAGAGAAAUAGUAAAAAUUUGUAGUCGAAAAUAACUAUUUUUUAUACUGU